AUGAGCUCUGUCAAUGAGCUAUUAAACUACUUUGCCGUUAAUGACGAUAAGAGCGAUGUGGCCAGGGGCGGAGAUGGAGCCAAGUCACGGGCCGAGCUGCUCGACAGGGAGAGACAGAAGGAAAACGAGAAGGCAGUCGUGCGCAGAUACUUCCCCGGAAAGAAACCCCACUACGCGAAAGACGCCAAGGAGGAGGAUGAGGAGGAGGGCGGCGAAGAUGAUGAGGAGGAUGACACCCUCUUCGCGCGUAACGAUGCCGUGACGGAAUAUGUACAGAAACAUGGCCGCACACAAAGGAGGGGCGAUACGAAUAGGGAGGCUCGGAGUGACCUGCCCAGUAGCCGUGGCCAUGUUGACUCCAGAUAUGAGAGACUCAAAAAUAAAAGCAUCAAGGGAGACGAACGGGAAAGAAUCACCAGGCGGGUUCGAGAAGUGAAGGUUAUCAGCCACCCAGAGGAGGGGAAGGAAGAAGAGCUCCCAAAAUCGAGAGAAGAAGAAGAGGCAGACAAUUAUGAGAACUACUUUCCCGUAGGACAGGAAGAGGAAGAAGCCGACGCAGAGGAUGACGACGCGGAGGAUGAUGACCAACUUAGCAACUCCUCUGAUGACCAAUCAGAUGACCAGUCGGAUGAUGAACAUUACAUGAACGGAGAGGACGGAAGUGCCCCGAUGAAACACGAGUACGUGUCUAAAACGAGAAGGAAGACGCUACUGGAGACCUUCGAAAAGGAGGAAAGCCAGAAGCAGCUUCUAAAAGAUGAGGAGACCGAAAAAAAAAAAAUUGAAGUGGAGAAAAAGGAAAAGGCAAUAGAGGAAACGAUACACAACGACAUAAUGAUGGAACAAAUGAAGAACCAAGAAAAUAACUUGUUCUCAUCGGACGAAAAUUUCGAUGACGACGACAAUGAUGAGGAGGAACCAAAUGAAAAAGAAUACGAACUGUGGAAGAUUCGCCACCUUAAUAGAUUAAAGAGGGACGAACUGGACAGGAGAAAGCAUGAACUUGUACAGGACGAAAUUAGCGAAAGGAGGAAAAUGACAGACAGGGAGAUAAUGGAACAAAAUAAAUUGCUUCCACAUAAGGAGAAGAAGAAGAAAAAGAAGAUGCUGUUUAUGCAAAAGUACUACCAUAGGGGAGGAUUCUUUCAGGACCUCUUUGAAGAAGGCAAGGAGGAAAUUUACACGCGUGAUUACAACGAGCCUGUGUACGAGGACAGAGUCGACAAGGAGAAUUUGCCCAAAGUGCUUCGCGUCAGGAGGGGGAACUUCGGCAAGCAGGGCCAAAGCAAGUACACCCACUUGCUCGACAACGACACCUCCAGGAAGGACUCUUUGUGGGCGAACCGGGACAUGGAGGACCGCCGCGCCCGCCGCAAGGAGGACCUGUUCGACCGCCCCACCUACCGGAAAGGGUAG